CAGUAAUUCGUCUUUUUGUGUCAUAGCUAACAUUAGCAUCGCUUCCUGGCGUUUGCAAAAACUGCACAUAGAUGGGUGUUUAUGGGGAACGAGUUGCUGCAGGGGGUGUGGAACUUCCUGCAUAUCGACAGACUCCCUAAAUUUCAGUUUCACAACAACACUAUCUUGAGCGUGAAGUUGUUAGCCAACCAGGUUACAAGUGUUUCCAUUCAAAUAUUUUGUCUUCUGUAGUGGCGUGCAUGCACACUGCGCGGACACUGCAGUGAUGUUCAAAGCAACACAUUCAUAACACGGUCAUCACAAUAUAUUCAUGGUGCUGUAGACGCAGUAUCCUUCCGAAAUAUCUGAUCUGUGGUCCGUGUGCAUGAGGGGACUUGUCUGGGAGGAACUGCAUUCUCUUGUUCACAACUCUCAUUUUUGUCGACCCCCGAGCGCGUUUAUUUCAGGCUCCAACUCAACUCCUCCUGCUCAGGAGUGGAUCCAGAACGUCCAUGCUGGCUCCUUUUCAGGCCAAGGAAGCCACAUCAAAGCCAACUCCAAAUAUGUGGUGUACAACACUGAGCAUGCGGGUGGAACCAUGUUGGGUCUAUCUACUGUCAAGGCAGGUGCUGAUGGACUAUGGAACGUUACUCAGAUUCCUUGCCAUUCUGAUCUGGUAACUGACAUGGACUUUUCCCCUUUUGAUGAGAGUCUCCUGGCCACUUGUUCUGGAGAUGAAAUGGUGAAGCUGUGGCAUCUGUGUGACCCAGAGGUGGAGCAGUCGACUGAGCCAGACCUCACUAUUAGUCCUGGACAAGGCCGACUUGAGCUGGUGCUUUUCCAUCCAACAUCAUCUGGAGUGUUGGCCGUCUGCACCGCCAAGUCUCCGCUAAUAUGGGACACCAGCCGCACUGAUGCACCAUUGGCAGUUCUGGAGCAGCACAGUGAUCAGCUGCAGAGUCUGAGCUGGAAACAGGAUGGCUCCUUGUUGGCCUCUACCUGCAAGGACAAGAUGCUGCGAGUGUUUGACCCCAGAGCCCAGCUGAUGGCUGUCCAGAGUGCCAAAGGCCUCCAGAAUAACAAAGAUUCACGUGUCCUGUGGGCAAAAGAAGAUGUGCUAUUAACCACUGGCUUUGAUAUGACACGUAACCGGGAAGUGAGGCUCUGGGACAGCAGGAAGUUGAAUUCUUCUCUGAGUUCUGUGUCGCUCGGUACCUCCAGCGGGACUUUGAUCCCGCUUCUGGAUGAAGACACUGGCCUUCUGGUGCUCAGCGGCAUGGGCGACACUGUGGUCGACUGCUUCGAAGUGUCUGCCUCCGAGCCGUUCCUCUCUCAAGUGAGCCACUGUCUGACUGAUUCCUCCACGCGGGGCCUUGCCACCGUACCCAAGUUUGGGCUGGACUUCAUGUCAUGUGAAGUGAUGCGGGUUCUCCAGCUGACAGACAGCAACAUCGUGCCGAUCAGCUAUCAAGUCCCUCGCAAGAACUCAGGCAACGAGUUCCACGCCGACCUUUUCCCUGACACCAAGGGCACCACGGCGGCCAUGACAGCUGAGGAGUGGUGGCAGGGAGGCAACAAGCAGGUGGAGAAAGUAAGCCUGCACCCUGAUAAACAACCCAAGGCUAAAACGCCGCCAGCUAACCAGUUCUCAGUGAAGAAGGUGCUGCCCAGUCAGGAGAGCAAAGAGGACCCGGCCCGCGGCUGCUCCACCUCCAGCAGUCCACUCAGCACUCCCACCGGCAGUGCCGACACCUCCCGCUCCCCCUCCUCCACCUCAGGUCUGUCCUCAGGCUUCCUCCCGUCACCAAGUCCCAGCCAGAGCGCCAAGGCCAUCCAGAGCAUGCUGGGACCUACCUCCAAGUUCCGUCACAUCCAAGGAGUGGUGAUGCACAAAGACACGCACAUCACCAACAUACGCAACCUCAACCUGACCACGCCAGGAGAGUGUGACGGCUUCUGUGCCAACAGCGAGCGUGUGGCCGUGCCGCUGUCCGUCUCAGGCGGCCAGAUCGCCGUAUUUGAGCGCUCCGAGCCGGGUCGACUGCCCGACACAGCCGUACCCACGGUCGAGAACUCUGUGAAUGUGGCCGACCUCUGCUGGGACCCCUUCAACACCCACCGACUUGCUGUCGCCGGUGAAGAUGCUAAAAUUCGGCUGUGGCAGAUUCCAGAAGGGGGACUGAAGGAGACCCUGACCGAACCAGAACUGAUCCUGCAAGGCCACACUGAGAAGAUCUACUCCAUCAAGUUCCACCCUCUGGCCAGCGACCUGAUGGUGUCUUCAUCCUACGACCUCACAGUGCGACUGUGGAACCUGGCGACAGGAGAGCAGGUGAAGGUUCUGUCUGGACACCAGGAUCAGGUCUUCGCCAUGGCCUGGAGUCCAGAUGGCAAACUUCUAGCGAGCGUCUGCAAAGACGGAAAAGUCCGCAUCUAUGAUCCUCGCAAGUCCACGACUCCAGUGCAGGAGGGCCCUGGUCCUGAGGGCCACAGAGGAGCUCGGGUGGUUUGGGUGUGUGACGGAGCGUUGCUACUGGUGUCAGGAUUUGACAGUCGUAGUGUGCGAGUCCUCUACCUGUACUCUGCUGACGCUCUGUCCACCGGAGUGGUGGCCAGCACUGACAUGGACAUUGCUCCCUCCACCUCCAUCCCGUUUUACGACCCGGACACCAGCGUGGUCAUCCUGACAGGAAAGGGCGACACCAGAGUGCACAUUUACGAGAUCCUUCCUGAAGAGCCGUUCUUCAUUGAGUGCAGCAGCUUCAGUUCUCCUGAGCCACACAAGGGUUUCACUUUUGUGCCCAAAACUGAGUGCAACAUCCGUGACGUGGAGGUCGCUGUUGGACUGAUGCUCACCAAGACCACCAUUGAGCCGGUGGGCUUUAGAGUUCCGAGAGUCAAGAAAGAGUUUUUCCAGGACGACUUGUAUCCGGACACUGCAGCCUGUUGGGAGGCGUCGCUGACCGCCUCCAUGUGGCUCUCAGGCUCCAACGGUCAACACAAAAGGAUCAGUCUGAAGCCGAGCGACAUGACUCCAGUGAGUGAAGCACCGAAAGAAGCUCCGGUCAGGAAAUACCUGCCUUCGUCUGUUUACCUGGAGGAGAAGACUGAUGAGCAGAAGAAAGAGGAGCUACUGAGUGCCAUGGUGGCGAAGCUGGGGAAUAUGGACGACCCGCUGCCACAAGAGUCCUUCGAAGGGGUAGACGACGAUGAGUGGGAUGACUAGAGGAUCCACUCAUUUUCACAUCUCAGCCUUCCCGCACACGCAGAGGAACUUGGAUCACUUCAAAUUUGCUUUCAGAAUUAUGAUUGUAUCUGUGACUGGAGAGUCAAGAGUUUAGCAUAUUACAUUGUAAUAAUAUUGCGUCAUCAUUCAGGGAUUAAUCUGACUAACUGUUGUCGUACUGUGGCGCCAUGUUGCGGCGUGUUUACUGGUAUCUGCAGCACAAUCUGCCUGUCGCCUGCACCCUCAGUUUUUGGUAGAUAAACUGGAAAACAGCAUUGUUUUUAUGCAGAAUCUGUUUUUGCGACAAGUGUUCAUAAACAUUCCACCUGUCUUUUUGAGGGGUCACUUUUUGGAACUGUGAUGUGGAUUGAUUGUUUAAAAAAAAAAAAGAAAAAUGUCUUCCUCUUUGUUCUUGUGACACUAUGGGGUCACCAGGGUCAUGAACUGGAAUUACUGCUAAUAUAAUACAGUCGUUUUUUGUGGGAGAUGAUGUCACUUUUUUGGUCGAGGUCUUUCUUGGUGCCAUUGUUAUCACUCUUGCCAAAACACUUUUCUAUGUGGCCUUUUUAUAUUCAGACCACUUGUUAUUUUUAAACUUCAAAUCGGUGUAUUUCUUAUGAGGCACACGGUCGUGGGCAUUUUUGACGGUAACAGGAAUGGGACAGUAUUACAUCAGAGCCAUAAUUUAUAAUCAGGGUUACAGCAACCGUUUACUAGUUUUCACAAUAGCCAUGUCAUGGACCUGAUGUGAUGGGAUUAGAUAUGAAUUUGGGGCUUUAAAAAGAACGUUUUCUUGAAGCUGUCUUAAAUAACUUGGUAUGUUUUUGUCCUGAUCAGUUGUGCUUGGUGGGAUUUUCUGAAGUAUUGUCUCGCAAUAAACACUUUAA